CAAUAAAAAAAAUAUAUAUUGUUAAAUGGGUGAGUCCAGAUCUACCAUGUGCGCAUGUGCAGUGGAUGUCAAGACUAAGCAGAAAGCAGAGGAAUCUGACGUACCACUUUAACUUGGCGACCUUUGGAGAGCUCUUCCUUCACUGCUUCAGUAGUUUUUAGUAUACUUUACACACUAAAUGAACAUGGCAGCUGAAAAACUCAGGAAAGAAGAAACUCUUGCAAUGAGGAGGAGAUUAAUCGGGCAGUCAUGUAGACUAUUUUAUUCAGACGAGCCUGUGAAAAUAGUGAGAGCAAGAGGACAAUAUCUAUUUGAUGAAAAUGGCAUGCAAUAUCUGGACUGCAUCAGCAACGUUCACCAUGUGGGCCACUGUCACCCCAGCAUUACAAAGGCUGCAGCUGCACAGAUGGACCUCCUGAACACAAAUACACGAUUCCUGCACGACAACAUAGUCAUGUAUGCAGACCGGCUGGCUGCCAGCCUGCCUGAGAAACUGAGUGUCUUCUACUUUGUUAACUCUGGGUCAGAGGCCAAUGAUCUCGCCCUACGCUUGGCACAGCAGUACACCCAACAUGAGGAUGUCGUUGUGCUUGACCAUGCAUACCACGGGCAUCUAAUGUCCCUCAUCGACAUUAGUCCUUACAAGUUCCGGAAACUGGCGGGACAGAAAGAAUGGGUUCAUGUGGCGCCCUUACCAGACACCUACAGAGGCAUAUACACAGAGGAUCACCCCAACCCGGGCCAAGCAUACGCAGAUGCAGUAAAAGACGUAAUAGAGGAGGUGCACAGGAAAGGUCGUAAGAUCUCUGCCUUCUUUGCCGAAUCAUUGCCAAGUGUUGGAGGACAAAUCAUCUUGCCCCAAGGAUACUCAGCUAAAGUUGCAGAAUACGUGCGCUCUGCUGGUGGAGUGUUUGUGGCAGACGAGGUGCAGACGGGUUUCGGACGCGUGGGGAGUCACUUCUGGGCGUUCCAGCUGCAGGGGGAGGGUUUCUGUCCCGACAUAGUGACCAUGGGUAAACCGAUGGGCAACGGGCAUCCCCUGGCGUGUGUGGCGACCACCGCAGAGAUAGCCGGAGCUUUCACAGCCAAUGGAGUGGAGUACUUCAAUACGUUCGGAGGGAAUCCAGUGUCCUGUGCAAUUGGCCUGGCACUACUUGACGUGAUAGAGAAAGAGGACCUGAGAGGAAACGCCACCAGGGUGGGAGCACAUCUUAAAGGUUUGCUCACAAAGAUGCAAACACGGCAUCAAAUAAUCGGCGAUGUCAGAGGCAUAGGACUGUUUGUGGGUCUCGAGCUGGUUACAGACCGAGAGCAGAAGACUCCGGCCACAGAGACAGCAGCUCGGGUGGUGAAGAGGUUAAAGGAGGAGGAUAAAAUCUGUGUCAGCACAGACGGCCCCUGGGAAAACGUGGUGAAGUUUAAACCUCCCAUGUGUUUCAGUAUGGAGGACGCUGACCUGGUGGUACAAUGUAUAGACCGCAUCCUCACAGACAUGGAAGCCAGUGACAUUUAAAACUGGAAAAGGAAGACAUCUAAGGUGUUCAGUGCCUUUUUAAAAGGAAUCACUUCAGUAAAAUGAGGAGAUGCAGUCGCCUCACUGAUGAAAGACCAAUACACAAGAUGCUAACGUGACACUAAUGAACUCCCACAAGGAGUUAUUUUUAUCAAGAAACUAAUAAAGCAUUUGUUUUUUUAAACAAUAGUGACUCUUACUUUCUUUUACCCACAGCAGCAUGAUUUGAAAUGAUAAUUAGUCCCACCAUACAACACUGAUCGGCAACAUGUUCUCAAUACACAGUAUGGUUGAGGUAAGCACUUACCAGACCACCUAUCUUUAUAACUCCUGGUCAUAUUCAUUAAAAACGCUCAAGUACCGCAGUUUUCACAUCUAGUGGGGUGGGUAUUAACACUCAGCCAGUUAUCCUGCCGGUAGUGAUGCCCUCUCCCACAGCUUCCAAAGCUGGCAUCCGUAGAGGUGUUAACAUUACUCUCAAGACAAAAAACAAGCAAGCCAUUUAACAGUACAAAACAUUUAACAUUAACUUUACAAAAUAAUAACAAAAGGAUCCGUGUGUAAUAUAAACCAAAAGUUUAUUUCUACCAAUUUGCCCAAGACACUAGAGGAAUGAGUUUCCAGUGAGAGAGGGAGUACCCUCUUACAUUAACAGGCUUGCGUUCAGUUGAAUAACACUAGUAAAGCCACUUAAAAUUGCAGACAUGAUGGGGGAAGAAUCUCCUUAAAAGCUUAAAGAAAAAAAAAAAA